UCGUCGCUCUUGGCAACCCUCUGCAUCAGGAAGCUAUUGAGACUGCUUGCUCCUCUCUCUCUUGUUGACCAGAUGGAGCACAUGGAGUAGGGUUAGCUUCCAGCCUUAAAUCCAUAACAAGUGGCCAGUUUAUUCAUUGCUUCCUGACGUCAGAGUUCCGGCUAAUUUGUAAAACGAGGGCACACGAUGAGCUUUCACGCUUUCACCCUUUCUUUCCUUGAAGCCGUUCUUCUUGAGAUGUUUUGCUGUGGGUAGACUUCAUACGCCCCUGGAUGGUGUUGCUCUUUAGGUGGCUUCUUUCAUUCUUUUACAUUCUGGCUGCACACACCAUCCUUCCUGCCUGGAAGACCUUCCUCUCCUGUGUCUUUGUGGAGAAACCAAGCUGUUAGACUCUUUAGUACUGUGAAAAAGGCCCGUUGUUGUUCCCAUUUGUAGAUCACCCAAUCCGUAAGAACUCUCGGCAUUUUAUAGAUCUUAAAACAGUGGUUCUCAACCUGUGGGUCGGGACCCCAUUUGGGGUCGAACGACCAUUUCAUGGGGGUCGCCAAACCAUGCUGUCCGCCAUUUUUUUCCCUUUUCCCUAGCUGUCCUACUCCCUCUUAUUGGUGGCCACACCCACUUGGGGGUCACCACAACAUGGGGAACUGUAUUAUGGGGUCACGGCAUUAGAAAGGUUGAGAACCACUGUCUUAAAACUUUUAAUCUCGAAGGCUGUUUCUCUAGGCUGCCGAAAAGCUGGAAGUCUUCUUCAAGAUUUGGGGCUACGCAGGGGUCACCUUUUUCCCCCCCCCCCAUCCACUCGCGCGCCCGCCGUUUUUCAGCCACCCACAAAGAAAUACACCCCUAUCUAAAUAAAAUUUGGCCAGCGAGCAAGCAAGCUUGAAAAUCUUUCUGAGUCUCUGUGACCUUAUGAAAUUUGAGCCGCUUAAGGUUAUUUGAGUUAAUUUGGAUUUUGCUGGCAGGGGAUGUUGUGUCGGGUGGUAUUCCGGGCGGUGGGGGGUGGGGGAUCAGAUUUGGAGCUUCACCUGGAGAACUUGCUGAAUGAGGCAAAGGCUGGGCCCCCUCUGCCCCUGUUUUGCCUUGGGCUCUCUCCUUCCCGCGGGGAGCCCCACAGGAUUGCCCUGCUUUAAUUCUCGCUUUUCCAUCUCGCCUGAUGGGGAAUGAAACACAGCGCUCGAGAGCCGCCUUGCAGCGAUACCUCUUCUACUGCAACCGUUACAUGAACCACAUGCAGAGCCUGCGCUUCGAGCACAAACUCUACGCCCAGGUCAAGCAGAAGAUGGAGGAGAUGCAGCAGCACAACAUGUCCUGGAUCGAGGUCCAGUUCCUGAAAAAAGCGGUCGACGUCCUCUGCCAGUGCCGUGCCACGCUCAUGUACACCUACGUCUUUGCCUUCUACCUCAAAAAGAAUAAUCAAUCCAUUAUCUUUGAGAAUAAUCAAGCAGAUUUGGAGAAUGCUACCGAGGUCCUUUCUGGGUACCUGGAACGAGAUAUAUCUCAAGAUUCACUGCAGGAUAUAAAGCAGAAAGUGCAAGAUAAAUACAGAUACUGCGAGAGUCGACGAAGGGUGUUAUUGCAACAUGUGCAUGAAGGCUAUGAAAAGGACCUGUGGGAAUAUAUUGAGGACUGAAAAGUGGCCUGGAUAAAACGAACUCUUAAAAGUCUCUUCCCAUCUAGAGUGCUCAUACCAUUAAAACAAAACCCACCCACGCAGACACAGGAAAAAAAAAACAAGGGGCCACCCUGCCUAUUAACACCGCUGGUCUAUAGUACCGGAAUUCUGUUUGUUUGUUUUUUUUUUCUUUUUGUUAAUGGAAAAAAAAAUUAAGUAAAUUAUAUUGUAAUAAAAAAAGGUAGAUAAACCAUUGUACAACAGUAUUCUAGGUGGCCAGUAAGUGUGAUAGGCGCACUAAAAAACAAAAACAGCCCGCCCGACUUUUAACUCGUAAGGUAGCUUCCUUCUCCAAGCUGACUUUUUCUCUCUCCUCCUCUGCAUAUUACCGAUGAAAUAUAAAACAGUUUCUUGACACUGCUGUACAUGUCCGGCCAGCCAUUUUGAUGUACUUUGGUAUGAGAUAUUUUUUUCCCCUAUGCCCCCCUUCCCCUUCCCUCCUGCCCCUCCCCACCCCUCCGUAACAAAUACACACCAGUUCAUGGGUGUUGAAUGUUGUUUGGCUUAUUGUAAAGAUGAUUUGGGGGGGGAAGGGAGGAGGGCAGGGGGAGGAAGGGGCACCAAACAAGGAAAAAACCACACACACACACACACACACACACACACAGAAAACCCUUUGUAUAUGACUUUUAAAAAAAACAAAAACGAAAAACAAAAGAGGAGAACACAGUAUUUUUCAAAAUUGUAAAUAGCGCAUAUGCAUGGAUAAAAAGCAAGCGUGGCACGUGUUUGCAUAAUGUUUAAUUACAAAAAAAAAUAUUUAUUCUUUAAAAACCUUCAAGAUGUCUAUUUGCCGUGCAUUUUUUUUCUUUUUCUUCCCCCCCCCCCAGUUUGCUUUUUAAUUUGGAGAGGGGAAAUAGGGAGGGGGCAGUGUGUGCUGCUGUAAAGAACUCAUUCUCUGGCUCAAACAAGAUAAAUAGAUAGGGGGUGUUUUUUUGGUGGGGGGGUUGUUCCUCUUCUUCCGCCCCCUCCUUGCAACCAGUUGAUCCCUUGUUCGGGUGUGUUCCUUGCUGGCAACGGACACCGUCCCUUGGGCACUUCCAGCUUUCUUGGUGUGCGUUUCCCAUUUGGAAAUCAAAGUGUUGUAUAAUUCCGGCUGCCUUUUUUUUCUUUCGGCUUCGAACGGCCCCAUUUCUCCCCCCCCCCCCGGACCUCGGCCAUUUGCCCGUGCAAAAAAUCCAAUAUCUUAUUCUGCAACUGGCUCUUCAUUCAUUCAUAGGAAGCUUUGGGCAUGUUGGGUUAAAGUGUCUGCGGAACAUUCCUUGUUAACGUGUUCAAUUUUGGAAAGGAUGGGGGCUGCUGGGAAAAACUGUGAUUGUUGGCGUGGAAAAAGUGCCUGAUGCAGCAAACACUCCCAUCUAGUUGCAAGAGUCUGUAGCGGGGUUUCUGAACCUCAGGAAUGUUAAAGAGAAGUGGACUUCAAUUCCCAGAAUUCUGGGACUUGAAGUUCACACCUCUUACCGUCGCUGAGGUGAAAAACUUUCUGGAGCCAUUGGGUGUUUUUUUUUUUUUUUUCCUGAAUGAGGACUAAAUCAUGAAUAUCAUACGAUACAUUUAUAGUCUCAUAUUUUUUUGUAAUAAAAGUUAUCUUCAA